AUGGGAUUGCUCGUGUGGUUUUUCAACGUCUGCUUGCGGAUUUUCUUCCGCGACGUCGAAGUCAUUGGCUCCCACAACAUCCCUGCAGAUGGACCGGUCAUCUUUGUCGCCAACCACAACAACCAGUUUGUCGAUGGUCUGCUGCUGGGGCAGUCCGUCGGGACGCGCGUCGUCCGCUUCCUCAUUGCUGAAAAGUCGUACAAGCGCAAGGUCGUCGGCAAAUUUGCCAGGGCGAUGAACUCAAUCCCAGUCGCACGUGCGCAGGACAAUGCGUCCACAGGCUCGGGCUUGCUCACUCUGAGUGCGGACGGCCUCGUUGUCUACGGCUCGCAAACCUCCUUUGUCGCAACCGUCAAGCCAGGCGAUGCACUGAAGUUCAAUCACCUCGAGAAUGAAUUCCGCGUCGCAUCGGUCGUCUCGGAUACAGAGCUGACACUGGCAAAGGCAGUCAAUGGCGUCGAAAUUCAAAACCAAUCUGGCUGGAAAAUCAUGCGCAAGGUCGACCAAGGGGUUGUGUACAAGAGCGUGUGGAAUACUCUUCUGUCUGGAGAAUGUGUUGGCAUCUUCCCGGAAGGAGGAUCGCACGACCGAACCGACUUGCUGCCAAUCAAGGCCGGUGUUGCCAUCAUGGCUCUUGGCGCAAUGGAGGCGCAUCCGGAAAUGCAACCCGUGCGCAUUGUGCCCUGCGGCCUCAACUACUUUCACGCUCACCGAUUCCGCUCGCGCGUUCUUGUCGAGUUUGGUCCUCCGAUCGUUGUGGAUGCGGAUCUCGUUGCCCGGUACAAGACGGACAAGCGUGGCGCGACUGGUGAUCUCCUGGGUCGCAUCGAAGCGAGUCUGCGCGGCACCGUGAUGAACACGACCGACUACAAGACAAUGGUGGCGCUGCACACGGCAAGGCGAAUGUACACGCCGGCCAAUGUUCAGCUCACCCCGGAGCAGUACACGGAGCUGAACAAGCGAUUUGCAAUGGCCGACCAGAAGCUGACAGCCUCGGAAGAAUACCAAGCACUGAAAACGCAAAUGCUUACAUACAACGAUACGCUGCGAAGCUACGGGGUGCGCGACAAGGACGUGCAGACCAUCCAGCAAUCGCAUUGGUUUGUGGCAUUUUGGCUGUUCUGGGGCAAGCUGCUGCUGGCGGGCUUGUUCUUUUUGUUGUCGGGCCCGGGCAUGUUGCUCGCCCUUCCGGUCGGUGCUGUCGCGGACAACAUUGCCAAGAAGAAGGCUAUCGAAGCCAAGGCCGCCUCGGACGUCAAAAUCAAGGGUCUGGAUGUGCUGGCGACGUGGAAACUGAUGACAGCCUUGAUUGUGGGUCCCGUGGCACUAUCCGUCUACGUUGCUGCGAUUGCCAUUUUGGUGGCGCUGCUGACAGACCUGCCGAUUUGGGCCAAGGUGGUGAUUCCUGUUGGAAGCGUUAUCGUUCUUCCGUUCUGGCUCUUCUACAGCGUUGCGCUUGCCGGCGUAGCGAUUCGCUUGUGGGUUGGGCUUCGCCCUUUGUUUUUCACUUUCUGCACCUCCAAAAAGCAUCGAACGCUGAAGCAGAUGCGAAUGGAAUUGCAACGGAAAGUGAAAGAGCUCAUCGAAGUUCUUGCCCCACAACUCAUUGAAAACUUCUCGGAAAGCCGCAUUGUCAAAAUUGACAGCGAGAGCGACGAGCAGCGCGAGCCAGAAGAAGAAACAUUGGACUCUCGCGAUCCAUCUGGUGCAGCAGCGGCAGGAGUGGCAGCUCAAGCGAGUACUGCACAGUUGAUGAUCAACGAGCCAUGA